AUGGGGAUGGAAGAGGACACAGACAUCAAGCUUAAAAUUCGAUUUCUCGGACAGGUUGAUUCUCCAAAAAAAAAAAAUCAAAAUUUUCCGACUUUAGGUUGUGGUUUUGUAUGCGCGACCUCCUCUGGUUUUAGAUUCAUUCUUUUCAUUGAUCAAAGAAGCUUGUAAACAGCCUUCAUCACAGGAAAUCACUGUCAAAUGGAUUGAUGAAGAUGGUAAUUGGGCGAUUUUUAUGUUAGGAGGAAAAUGUUUUCAGGAGAUCCAGUUUCCAUCGAUUCUCAAAUGGAGCUUGAUGAAGCUGUGAGGUGCAUGCAAGUAUGUAUCAGUUUUUGAGGGGAAACUUUUUGAAGCAGCAUCAUAUUAUCUAAAUCAAAAAUCCUUCAUUACAGGUUGGACAAGACGCUGAGUUGAAUAUUCAUGUUUUUCUUGGAGUUCCUGAACUUCCCGGCCUUCCUUGCCUUGGCGAAGACAGUAAUCAUCAGUUUCACAUAUAAGUAUACCUCUGUUUCUCAGAAACUGUGUAUCGCCGAGGCGCGCGACGAUGGAAGAAGUUCUAUCUGUUCAAUGGUCAUCGGUUCCAAGCUAAACGGUUAAACAGGUGAACACAUUCUAUGAGAAUCGUAAGAAAUACUUGAAAAACUCCAGAAGGAUACAAUGUUUCAUUUGCCACGACUACAUCUGGGGCAUCGGACGGCAAGGCUAUCGUUGCGUUGAUUGUAGACUCUGCGUUCACAAGAAGUGCCAUCGUCUAGUGCGAACUCAUUGUGGCCAGGUUUUCAAAAAGCUCGCUAGGCUUUUUUGCAUUUACAACCCCUUAUAGUCGUCAGGAACAGUGUUCAAGAGAAAAGGAAAUCCAAAACUUGGCGCAUCUCAAAUGGAUCACGAAUGAUGACUUUGUCCUGUUCAGACAUCGCCCGGCUCUAUUUCUUCGGCGCCACCAGCUUUGGCAGGUCGACCGACAUCGUCGAAUGGCGAGAACAAGCCGAGGAUUCAGAACGGGUCGAGACCCCUCAGCGGCCUCGACAACGGCGCUUUCCAGGAGGCCGAAAUCGAGAGCUCCAAGGAAAACUCCGCCGUUCCGAUGGUCUCUUCAUUAUUCUUAUUCACUGGGAUCGUGGAAAUAUUAUAAUACAAACAGUAAUUUUUCGAAUUUUUUUCCACCUAAGCCCACGUUUUUUUUACUCUUUUUCAUGAACACAUUUUGAGUUUGAAAAAUUUCGCUCCCCUGAAGCCAUAGAAAGCUUUUUUUGGAUAUGAUGUAUUUUUUUGAACUAUAUACUUUUUGAAUAUUUGAAAAUGUCGAGGUAUAUUGAAUAUUUGAAAAUGUCAAUUUUCGGGAGGUAUGGCCAUAAUCGAAUUUCUAAUUUUUACAAUGUAGCUUUCGAAAAGUAAAAAUAAAAUUAAUAAUUUGCUUAUAAUUCGAGUUUCAAAAUAGCCCUUCAUUCAUAUUUUCCAUCAAGCUUUUUUCGAUUAUGAGUUGAAGAGUUUUCAGGGAGUAGCGCCGUCAAAAUGGUCAGUAUCCUUGAGCGACUUCAAGCUUCUCACCGUCAUAGGACGAGGAUCUUAUGCAAAAGUGAGUUUUUCCAUCUAUUUAGCACCUUCAGUAUAAUUGCAACCUAAUUAUUUUUCGCAGGUAGUACAAGCUGAACAUAAUACGACGAAGCAAAUCUAUGCGAUCAAAAUCAUCAAGAAGCAAAUGUUCAACGAGGACGAGGACAUUGACUGGGUUCAGACCGAAAAAUCUGUUUUUGAGGCAGCUUCGAAUUAUCCGUUUUUGGUCGGACUUCACUCUUGUUUCCAGGUUUUUUGCGAUUUUAGCUGUCCUUUCAUCUUUUUUUUUUCUUCAGACGGAGUCUCGUUUGUUUUUCGUUAUUGAGUUUGUCCCUGGCGGAGAUUUGAUGUUCCACAUGCAACGACAACGUAAAUUACUCGAAGAACACGCUAGGUAUGUUCAAUUUUCCAAUCGCAUACUUAUGUCGUUUUCAAGCCGUAACUAGAUAAAUUCACUUUUAAUUAUUAAAACUCUUCAGAUUCUACUCGGCAGAAAUUAUUCUGGCUCUGCAUUUUCUGCACUCUCGAGGCAUAAUUUACCGCGAUCUGAAGCUCGACAACGUUCUCAUUGACGCAGAGGGCCACAUUAAGCUCACCGACUACGGAAUGUGCAAGGUUUUGCGAUAAACUUUCAUUUUCAUACAGAGGUUGUUGCCAUGUUAAACGUUUUAAUUUUCUUUCAUAUUUCUUUUUUUACACAUUUUUUUGUUUUAUCAAUGCUAAUUCCAGGAGAACAUCGGUCCUGGCGACUUGACUUCAACUUUUUGCGGGACGCCAAACUACAUUGCGCCCGAAAUUCUUCGCGGCGAGGACUACGGCUUCAGUGUUGAUUGGUGGGCACUCGGAGUCCUGAUGUGAGUCGAAAUUUAAUUAUUUUUACCCUUAGUAAGUUUGAGUAUUUAUUAGCUGUAGACUUUUAGAAUGAAAAACAGGAAACGCAUCGAUGAAGGCUUUGAAAGACAGUUAUUUCGAGCCAUUAUUCAAUUUCUUCAACCAUAAACAGAAGUUAAUAAAAAUUGAGCCUUGACCUCGCCUGAUCAUAAAGCUUAUUUCAUGACCAACGUCUUUCAAUAAGAUAAAUUUUGAAGGUACGAGAUGAUGGCUGGACGAUCUCCUUUCGACAUAGGCACCAUGGCCGGGAACGGCGACGAAAACACAGAAGACUACUUGUUCCAAGUCGGUACACUGGUUGAGAUCUUCGAAACAUCGAGAUGUUCAGAUAAUCCUCGAGAAGCAAAUCAGGAUCCCUCGUUCGCUCUCCGUCAAGGCGGCUUCUGUUCUCAAGCAGUUCUUGAACAAGGUUCUGUUGGCCUUUUUAUAACGAACUGGCCGCAAUUAGAUUUUUCGACUGAGAAAAAAGUCAAAGAUGAGUUCAAACUGGACGGAUAGAAAAUAAUGCAAAAUUAGAUGUUUUCUAAACUGUUUUUUCAGGACCCGACCGAGCGGUUAGGCUGCAAACUUGACAUGGGACGAAGGCCUUCGCGACAUGAAAGAACAUCCGUUCUUCAAGAAUUCCGUCGAUUGGGACGCCGUACGUCCUCUUUUUUUUUGAAACUAGUUUUGCAGAGAGCGUGUAACAAAUGAGUAUGAGAUUCAGCUUUUCAAAAAGUUUCAUUCCGCUCUAAUGAACUGAAUCUCUGAUUAGAUCCCUCAAACUCUGUCUUCUAAAGAGUAAUUUCGAAGCUCGACCAGCUGUUAUGGAAUAAAAUUUACCACGUGUAUUACAACUUUUCUUGGAACUCAAUUUCAACAUACUGAAUAACAGGAGUUUCCCUGUGGCAGAUGUAACAUUCUGACACAAAAAUGAGUCUCGACGAACCUGCUGCAAAUCAGAAACGUUAAUUACCUGCAGUUGCAGCUGCUGAGAGCGCCGAAAUUGUGAAAAAAGCGAGAUCUUUUGAAAACUUCCUCGUUCUUUUGUAUGCUGAAGAGUUUGAAGAACGAAAAUUGAAGAAUUGACGAAAGUAGAUAGGAUUGAAGGGAUCUUCCAAAUUAUUAGAAAAAUUCGACUUUUUGCUCUGAAUUUGAGUUCAAGUUUCUGAUCUAAAAUGUUAAAAUAUCACUGCCUAUAUAUUUGAAAAAGUUAGUCUGACAGUCAGUUAUUUGGACAGCGAAAUUUUGAUCUGGUAUUUUUUCCGACUAUAUAUGCCAUUUGACGAGAAAAUUUUGCAGCUGGAGCAAAAAGCAGUGGCGCCGCCGUACAAUCCUUCGGUGGAAAACGACCGCGACCUGCAGCACUUCGACCAGCAAUUCACCGACGAGCCUCCGCAACUCACACCCGACGAUCCCUCAAUCAUCGCCAAAAUCGAUCAGAGCGAGUUCGACGGCUUCGAAUACGUCAAUCCUCUGCAAAUGAGUCGCGAGGACUCCGUCUGA